AUGCGUUACAGGCCUGCGCAACUCGUCUGCGCUUAUCUGCUGGGACUCUCAGUCGCGUCAUGCCAGAUACAACUUUCAAGGCGGUUCGCUUCGAAGAUAGUCUUUGUGUCGAUGUAUGUAGAGGAGAUUGUUUUCGCAAAACAGUCCCGUGGUAUUGAUCCAGGAAGGUCUGCGGCAGGCCCUGCCAAGACUGCUCAAGAUAUACAAAACUGGAAGACGAAGAGGACUCCCGUAACUGCAAGUUCACUCUGGGGAAGUCUUGCUCGGUUGUUGGUCGUCUUGGUCAUUAUUGGAUCCGAAGAUGGUGGAGGCAAGGGCUUCGUAUAUAGGACUCUGCCUUGGCAGGAGGCUUCUAAAGAAACAACCUUGGAUUUUACAAAUGAGAUGCAAUGA